AUGGAGCUCGACAGUGUUGAAGUCUUAGGCGGCACUUUAGAUAUGGGGGGUGCUUUCAGUUGGCCAUCCUCAUCUGCUGGCCCAGUCAAACAACCAUUUUCUUUGCAGGCAAAGAAAGACUUUCGAUCGACACCGCUUGAGCCUUCGCCUUCCAUCUCGCCAACUCCCUUUGAAUCCAAACAAAAUCUCGAAUCAGUAACAAUGCGUCUUGCUGCCUUUUUCGUGGCUAGUGCUCUUGGCCUGUUCACUGUUGCAUACGCAGCACCUCUUGUUGCUACAGACACCGUUGAUGAGUUGCUAUCGUUACAUGCUCGGAAUGUGACUGCCCGAGGGUCACCAACACCCGAGUCACCAUCACCCAAGUCACCGCCACCAUCAUCCGAGUCUGAACAACACUUGAUAUUUUCAUUCCCUUCUCCCGAAACAGUCAGAUACAAGCAUGUGGAUGACGGCCAAACGGUUCCUGCUGCACAAAAGCCUAAACCUACUACCGAUGGCAACAAAGAAACUGUGAUGAACCGAAUCGAAUCUUUUUUUCCGAAGGAGGAAUACCCCAUACAGUCAUUCCCACCUCCUUUAUACAGUCAAAUCUAG